AUGCCCAGCGGCACUUUUGCCAGAGCGCUGGCAGUGGUUCUAAUUGCUGGUGCUGUGCAUUGUAUGCCCAAGGACACGGGGAAAAAUAAAAGACAAGCUCAGGAACAUUCCGUGUCAUCUGUUUCUCAAGAUGGCUGUAUUGAAAACGGACAGUUUUAUGGAAUUGGUGAACAAUGGGAGCGUACAUAUCUGGGAAGCCAGCUCCUCUGCAUUUGUCACGGAGUCGCUGGGAUUAAGUGUAAAACCAAGCCGGACGCUGAGGAGACGUGCUAUGACAAAGUAAACGCACGUUCCUACCGUGUUGGAGAGACUUAUGAGAAGCCUAAGGAUGGGAUGAUCUGGGACUGCACAUGCAUUGGCUCAGGGCGAGGCAAAAUCAGCUGCACCAUUGCAAACCGUUGUCACGAGGGUGGCAAUUCCUAUAAGAUUGGGGACACUUGGAGGAGACCUCAUGACACUGGAAACUACAUGCUGGAGUGUGUAUGUCUUGGGAAUGGCAAAGGGGAGUGGACAUGCAAACCUGUUGCGGAACGUUGCUAUGACAAUGCGGCUGGCACAUCUUAUGUGGUUGGAGAGACAUGGGAGAAGUCAUACCAAGGUUGGAUGAUUGUGGACUGCACCUGUCUGGGCGAAGGAAAUGGCCGUAUCACGUGUACCUCCAGAAACCGCUGUAACGACCAGGACACAAGGAAGUCCUACCGCAUCGGAGACACGUGGACGAAGACGGACGCUCUUGGGAAUACUCUGCAGUGUCUAUGCACAGGGAAUGGGCGUGGAGAAUGGAAGUGUGAGAGGCAUGCCUCCCUCCACACCACUGGUUUAGGAACUGGGUCGCGGGUGGUUACUAACGUCCAGCCUGCAGUCUUCCAGCCCUUACCUCUGCCCCUGCCCCUGCCCGACGCCACCUCCGAGGGCUCUUGUUUAACCAAUUCAGGGGUUUCCUAUGCUCUGGGUAUGCGCUGGAUCAAGACCCAGGGCAGCAAGCAGAUGCUGUGUACCUGCCAGGGCAAUGGAGUCAGCUGUGAGGAGUGGGGGGGCCAAUCUCAGGUAUACGGAGGUAACUCUAAUGGCCAGCCUUGCGUUUUCCCCUUCGUCUUCAUGGGAAAGACAUUCUACUCUUGCACCUCAGACGGCCGCAGUGAUGGACAGCUCUGGUGCAGCACCUCUUCUGACUUUGAGAAAGACCACAAAUACUCCUUCUGCACAGAGAAAAACGUUCUGGUGACAACCCGCGGCGGUAACUCCAACGGUGCUCUGUGUCAUUUCCCAUUUAUCUACAAUGGCCGUAACUACACCGACUGCACCUCGGACGGGCGGAGAGAUGGCAUGAAGUGGUGUGGCACCACCCUCAACUACGACGGGGAGCAGAGGUUUGGCUUCUGCCCAAUGGCAGCUCAUGAGGAGGUGUGUACUACCCCUGAGGGUGUGAUGUAUCGUGUCGGGGACCAGUGGGAUAAACGGCAUGACGUCCUGGGUCACAUGAUGCGCUGCACGUGCGUGGGUAACGGCCGCGGAGAGUGGAGCUGCCUUGCUUACUCCCAGCUCAAAGAUCAGUGCAUUGUGGAUGCAUUGACCUAUGAGGUGAAUCAGACCUUCUCUAAGAGGCAUGAUGAGGGCUAUAUGAUGAACUGUACCUGCUACGGACAGGGUCGUGGGCGCUGGAAGUGCGAUGCCAUGGACCAGUGCCAGGAGCCAGACACAAAGGUUUUCUAUCAGAUUGGAGAUGUCUGGGAUAAAGUCAUCCGUGGAAUCCCGUACCAGUGCCAGUGCGAUGGGAAUGGGGUCGGGGAACUGAGCUGUGAGCCCCAGCAGUCAUAUUCCGGAGGUCACCGCCCUGUUCAAGUGAUUAUCACUGAAUCUGGCAACCAGCCCAACUCCCAUCCCAUCCAGUGGAACGCCCCCACAUCUGCACACAUCACUCAAUACGUCCUCAAAUGGAGACAAAAACACAGUCAUGCCCCGUGGAAAGAGGUGACCAUCCCUGGUCACUUGAACUCUUACACCAUUGGUGGACUCAAGCCAGGCAUCACCUAUGAGGGCCAACUCAUCAGUCUCCUCCGCUUUGGCCGUAAAGAAAUCACCCGCUUUGACUUCACCACCACCUAUGGUUCCCUGGCAACGUCUGAGGGUGAGACUACCCCACUCCCGCCGGUGGUGGAUACCUCAGAGUCUGUGACUGAAAUCACCUCCAGCAGCUUCGUCAUCUCCUGGGUGUCUGCGUCAGACACGGUGUCUGGUUUCAGAGUGGAGUAUGAGCUUAGCGAGGAGGGAGGUCAACCCAUGGUCUUAGACCUGCCACGUACUGCCACGUCUGUAAACAUUAAUGAACUGCUGCCUGGUCGUAAGUACACAGUGAAUGUGUAUGAGGUAACUCCGGAGGGAGAGCCAAACCUGAUCCUCACCACCUCCCAGACCACCGCUCCUGAUGCUCCUGCUGAACAUGAAGUCGAUGAGGUGGGAGAGACAUCCAUCAUGAUUAGCUGGUCCAAGCCUCUUGCUCCCAUUACAGGAUACCGUGUGGUUUACACGCCGUCAGAGGAAGGGGGCAGCACUGAGCUGACCCUGCCUGACACGGCGACCUCAGUGACCCUGAGUGACCUUCAACCUGGCCAGCUCUAUAACAUCAGCAUCUAUGCAGUGGAGGAGAACCUAGAGAGCGAGCCUGUGUUUGUGCAGGUCAACACGGCCGGAGAACCUCUGUUAGAGGAAGUGCCCUCACCCACCGACCUGCAGUUCUUUGAGGUGUCUGACACCAAGAUCACCAUAACGUGGUCCAGUCCCCCUACGGAAGUUUCUGGAUACCGUGUGUCUGUAGCCCCAGUUGGGUCAGAUGGUCUGGCUGAGGGAGAGAUUCAGCUACCCAUCACCCGUAACGCCUAUGCAGAGGUCAUGCCCCUUCAGCCCGGGACACUCUAUCGCUUUUUCAUCUUCGCUCUUAAAUCAGGAGAGGAAAGUGAACCACUCGUUGGGGAACAAGCCACCAAGCCCGACUCCCCUACCGACCUGCGUUUCUUUAACGUGACUGAGGACAGCGCCUUAAUUUUUUGGUCAGUACCCAGAGCCCAGAUUACAGGUUACCGUCUGUUCCUGAGCGUGGAGGGUUCCAACCCCAAACAGCUGCGGAUCCCCUCUCGCCUUUCUCAGUACACCUUGCUCAACCUCCAGCCCGACACCCAGUACACUGCCACCCUGCAUGCAGAGAGGGACAACGUACUCAGCGAGGGAGCCACCACUGUUUUCACCACCACUCCUCCAAUGGGAAAUGCCCCACGCUUCACCACUGAUGUCACAGACACAUCCAUAAUCAUCUCUUGGAGUCCUGUGCCCAGAAUUGGAUACAAGUUGACAGUGAGGCCCAGUCAGGGCGGAGAGGCACCCAGGGAUGUGACUUCUGAAUCAGGCAGCAUCUAUAUCUCAGGCCUGACCCCCGGUGUUGAGUACACAUACAGCGUUCAGCCGGUGAUCAACGGCCAUGAACACGGCAACCCAAUCACACGACGCGUGGUUACAUCCCUGUCCCCACCCACUGAUCUCAGUCUGGAAUCUAACCCAGACACAGGAGAGCUGAUUGUCCAGUGGAAUGACGCCAAAACUCCAGAUAUCACCGGUUACAGAGUGACGUGCACUCCGACCAAUGGGCAACGCGGAAACUCUGUGGAGGAGUUUGUGAAGGCGGGUCAAAACUCAUGCACCCUUGAGAAUCUGAGCCCUGGGGUGGAGUACAACGUUAGCGUGUUCACAGUUAAAGAUGACAUGGAGAGCGUCCCAGUUUCCACCACAGUGACCCAGGACGUGCCCCAGCUAACUGACCUGCACUUUGUCAAUGUCACCGACUCCACUAUUGGCCUGACCUGGAGCCCCCUGAACUACACUGCCAUCACGGGUUACAGGAUCACCGUGGUCGCUGCCGGGGACAGCGUGCCCCUCUUUGAGGACUUUGUGGAGCCAACCGCCGGUUACUACACUGUGUACGGCCUGGAACCCGGCAUCGAUUACGACAUCAGUGUCAUCACCGUCACCGAAAGUGGAGAGAGCGAGCCUACAACCCUCACACAACAAACUGCUGUUCCAGCUCCCACCGACAUGACGUUUGGGGAAGUUGGUCCCGACACCAUGUUGGUGUCCUGGAACGCCCCCACCGUACCUAAUGUCUUCGACAUCCAGCGUUACAUCGUCCGCUAUCACCCCAUCGACGACGAGGACGACAUCACUGAGCGGAACGUGAACGGAAACAGCAACAACAUUGUACUCCGCCAACUGGUACCCAACACUGAGUAUCUAGUGAGUGUAGUGUGUGUCUAUGAAGAACGGGAGAGCUCACCGGUUGUUGGUUCCCAGAGGACAGCACUGGACUCCCCAACUGGUUUGCGUUUCUCGGACAUUUCCACCAGUUCCUUCACUGUGCACUGGCUGGCCCCCAAGGGUGUCAUUUCUGGUUACCGGCUCCGCUACCAAAUGACCCGCGGUGGACGUGCUAAGGAAGAGAGACUGCCCCCGUCCCGUAGUCACUUCACCCUGAACGGCCUCUCCCCAGAAACAGAGUACAUCAUCAAUAUCUACGCAGUCAGCGGUUUCCGCGAGAGUCUCCCACUCACAGGCACCCAGUCCACCAUUUCUGAUGCUCCAACUGAUCUUGAGGUUGUGUCUUCAACACCGACCAGCAUCACUAUCCACUGGGAUGCUCCAUCUGUUCCUGUGAGAUACUACAAAAUCACCCACGGAGAGUCCGGAGGUCACAGCACACCCGUGGAGUUUACUGUGCCUGGCUCUCAGUCCACUGCCACCAUCGAGAACCUGCGGCCGGGCACUGAGUACACCAUCACGGUGUAUGCGGUCAGUGGCCGAGGGGACAGCCCCGCCUCCAGCACGCCUAUCUACAUCACGCACAAAACAGAUAUCGAGUCUCCGUCAGAGAUGGAGGUGACGGACGUAAAGGACAGCACAAUCACCGUGCGCUGGACCCCCGCAGUGGGUCCAGUCAGUGGUUACAGGAUCACUGGGGUUCCCAAGAAUGGGCAAGGAUCCGCCUUCACAGAGGUGGUUGCUCCAGAUCAAACUGAGAUGACGUUCUCUGGGUUGAUGCCCACGGCUGAGUAUGUUGUGAGCGUGUAUGCUCUGGGGCAGGAUGGAGAGAGCCCUCCGAUAGUGGAGACCAUAGUCACCACUGUCGACCGUCCCAAAGACCUCACUUUCUCUGAUGUGGACUCCACCUCUAUGCGGAUCUCCUGGGACAGUCCUGAUGGGCUGGUUUCCUCAUACAGGGUGUUGUAUUCUAGCUCCGAGGAGGGUGAAAGAGAGCUUUUCCCAGCCCCGACCGGAGACGACGAGUCAGCACUGCUGCAGGGUCUGAGACCAGGCACCGAGUACACGAUCAAAGUCAUCGCCCUCCAUGACCGGACCCCCAGCCCACCGCUUAUGGGUGUACAGGCCACAGCUAUCCCUGCUCCUACCAAUCUGCAGUUCACGCAAGUUGGCCCUUCCUCCUUUGUGGUUUCCUGGAGUUCAACUAAUGCUAGGCUGACUGGCUACCGUGUAGUUAUCAACCCCAAGAACAACAGUGGUCCAACCAAAGAGGUCAACAUAGCACCAGACUCCACCCAGUACCAUGCCACUGGACUAAUGGUUGCCACUGUUUAUGAGGUACAGGUUUACGCUUUGAAAAAUUCUCUUACCAGCCGUCCUGUCAAAGGAGAGGUCACAACUCUGGACCAUAUUAGCCCUCCACGUCGCGUUCGUAUCUCCAACGUCAAGGACAGUUCCAUCACGCUAACCUGGCGUUCCAAGACCGACACCAUUUCAGGAUUCCUUGUUGAAGCCAUACCCACCACUGAGGGCCACAGCCCCAUCCAUAACACUGUGUCCCCUGACUCUCGUUCCCACACCAUCACAGGUCUUCAGCCAGGCACCACAUAUAAUAUCAAUAUCUACACACUGAGUGGCAGUGGCCGCAGUGAGCCCUUCGCUCUGAUAGCCAGCACAGCCAAACCAGUUAUCAACCCCCCGACGAACAUCCACUUCACCUCUCUGACCCCCUCCUCCAUUUCUUUCACCUGGGAGACCCCUCGCAGUGCCAUCACCGGCUACUACGUCACAUACGAGGAGUCAGGGGGAAUCCCACGGGAGUUCACUCCACGACCACACGCCACUCAAACCUUCGCCACCAUCUCCGGAUUGAAACCAGGCACUGAGUACAUUAUCAAGAUUGUUGCUCUACACAACGCCCAGAGAAGUACUCCUCUGGUGGGCAAAGCUAGAACACAGCCUCUGAGCCCUCAGCUGGUACCCUCCCUCCCCAUCCCAAACCGACCCAGACAAGACGUCCUGGACGUCCCGGAAGACGAUACCAGCUUUACCACCAACCACGUUCACCUCCUCGGUCCUCACGGAAAAGACACGCUCGGCCAGCAAGGUCAACACAUCUACACAGAGUACCAGAGUCUGGGUCCCAACGGGCAGCCACAGCAGCCUCACACCCCCUACCACCGUAGGCCCCUGAUCUACAUCCCCAUGCCAGGGCCCGAUGGUGAGCGUGUUCCCGUGGUGAAGGUGGGCGAAGGCCAUCUGCCUGGGUUCCCCAACGGUUUCCCCGACAAUGAGACAGAUCUGCCCCAGGAAGCCCAGACCCAAACAACCAUCUCAUGGCAACCAGUACCAGACAGCUUAGAGUAUAUAGUGUCCUGCAGCCCCAUUACCGAGAUUGAUGAGCAGAGCUUCCAGAUGCGUCUGCCUGGAACAGCCACCAGUGCCACUCUGAUUGGCCUGACCUCUGGUGCCUCCUACAACAUUGUGGUGGAGUCUCUGAAUGGAGACCACAAACAGAAGGUUCUAGAAGAGGUCAUCACUGUUGGCAACAGCGGGGAUCUGCCCAUAAACAGGGACGUGUGCUAUGACACGUUCACUGCCACAUUCCAUGAAGUAGGGGAGGAGUGGGAGCGCAUGUCGGAGACAGGCUUUAAGCUGUGGUGCAGGUGCCUUGGUCUGGGAAGUGGACAUUUCAGAUGUGAUUCAUCCAAGUGGUGUCAUGACAACGGGCAUAACUACAGGAUCGGAGAGAGAUGGGACCGCAACGCCGAGAAUGGUCAUGUGAUGAGCUGCACAUGUCUAGGGAACGGGAAGGGAGAGUUCAAAUGUGAACCACAUGAAUCAACGUGUUACGAUGAGGGGAAGAUGUACCACGUGGGUAAUCAGUGGCAGAAAGAGUACCUGGGAGCAAUCUGCACCUGCACAUGCCAUGGUGGCCAGCAGGGUUGGCGUUGUGAGAACUGCAGACGCCCAGGAGUGGACAUAGACGCUGACUCCAUCCAACCUAUACGCACAGAUGCCUUUGACCGCUACAGGGAGAAUGCCCUCCGCAAACUGAACAUCCAGUGUCCUAUUGAGUGCCUCAGACCAGACCUGCUCGCAGACGCACAAGGUUCAACUGAGUAGUGUCCUCCGCUGCAGCUCUGGACCCAGCCUGAUGGCGACAGCGGCUUCCCUGGACGUUGGAGACUGUACUUUUCACCCCUCUCUCUUCCCCUCCCACUUCAAACAAAUGGUUUUAAUCCACACUAUGAAUACCAUCCUGCUGCUUCACAUUAACUGCCAAAUCCCCACAGCCUCACUCCCAGAGGUGCCCUUCAUUGG